AUCUUCAGCCAUAUUCGGCCGACGGAAACCUGGAAGUACAAACAGAGAAAAUGGCGCCCAAGGGGAAGAGCGGCUCUGGCAAAGGAGGGAAAGGGGGAGCAGCAGCUUCUGGGAGUGAGGGUGCUGCUAAGAAGGCCCAGGGUCCCAAAGGUGGUGGAAAUGCAGUCAAAGUCCGACAUAUUCUGUGUGAAAAGCAUGGCAGAAUCAUGGAGGCCAUGGAAAUGCUGAAGUCUGGAGUGAGAUUCAAUGAAGUUGCCUCUCAGUACAGUGAAGAUAAAGCCAGGCAGGGGGGAGAUUUGGGCUGGAUGACCAGAGGUUCCAUGGUAGGCCCAUUCCAAGAAGCAGCCUUUGCCUUGCCUGUCAGUGGCCUAGACAAGCCUGUGUACACAGAUCCUCCAGUGAAAACCAAAUUUGGGUACCAUAUUAUCAUGGUCGAAGGGAGAAAAUAAACUCAUCCAUUUUUUUAUGA